GCAGGCAAGGCAGGCGCCGUCGCAUCCCCCUUCCCCUCCUACCUUCUAGAAGAGAAGAAGACGAAACCCUAGAUCUCCAUGCCGCCUUCUUCGGCCCUCGGCAAGCGCGACGGCGGGGACGGCUUCCUGGCCGCCCUCUCCCGGUCGCAGGUGGCGGCGCACGGUCGCGAGGCUGCCACCAUGGCCAAGAAGCUGCUCCGGAGCACGGGCAAGGCGGCGUGGAUCGCGGGCACCACCUUCCUGGUGCUCGUGGUGCCGCUCAUCAUCGAGAUGGAUCGGGAGCAGCAGCUCAACGACCUCGAGCUGCAGCAGCAGACGCUGCUGGGAGGCCCGCCGCCGCCGAGCAAGUAGAUUAGGAUCGCUCGCUCCUCGUGUAAUCCUCUCCUCCCUUGGUGCCUGCGCCUUCAUUUACUUGCUCUGGUAGUAGCAGUUCAAGUUGUGGUCGAGAGGGAUGGGGGGAUUUAUCCAGUCGAGCAGUCGUUGAUGAGAUUAUAAGAAUGCUUACUCUACUAGCAUGCAACAACUCUAGUUCGGUUUGCCUUCCUUCCUUCCAUGAGAACCAAGGGGAUCCCUUAAUCAAUUGUGCCUGCUUUGCUUGUGUUUGUCAGCACUACACUACACUAUAAUAGGCUGCUUCUUGUUAUUGUUGCAAUGCCUGCGAUUGAAUCUGAAUAAUUUAGUAUCCAUCCAUCCAUCCAUCAUCAUGUCUGUCCAUCAUCCUGUAUGUGAAUUGAAUAAUCUGGUUGCUACUGCAA